GCCAAUGACACGACCAGCAUGAUGAAGCGGGUUCUACAUUACGCCCUGCCUACGGUACAGAAGUCCUUAUCGCAUCCCAACGUGUCCGAUGAGUGUGCCCAGAGCUUAUUUCACAUUAUGAGGGCACUGCUCAGCUUGGACAUGUCUGCGUUACGAUUGUUGGAUUCCAGUGGGAAGUUCCCGUCAGGACUCCUUGAAGGUUCGACGGCCGCCCUUGGCGCGUAUGACGAAUGUCUUUCAACUGUCCUGCGGACCAGUGAAGGCCAGCCACUCUACAGGGGCAAGUACUGCAACAUGUACAUAAAACCGAUACGGUCUGCCGUAAUGGACAGACUCCUCGGACAACUGACACGUCAUGCUGCUGUCAAGAAUCGCUUCAACGUUACGAGUAUCUACGAGGCUCUGAAGAAAGGUCGAAUACACGGCUUGAGGUUCGGACUCUGUGCGCCGUCUACUUGUACUUCCAAGGAACUGGAGCUGAUCCUCUCACCUCUGACAGAGCUGGUAAGUGCCACCGUACUCAUCACAAGCUGCAGGACAGAGGAGCCGAUCACGCUGAACCCAGCCCAUGUUGUUUACAUCUUCAUCUUCACUGUACUGCUGCUCAUGUUGGCUAUGGGAACAAGCGUGGAUGUACUCAUCCGUUACAAGUCGAAAUCGAAGCCAGGACUGGACGCUUGUAGGGAGUGUAAGUUUUUCCUUUUCUGUUUCCCUCCUCCUCCUUUCGUCACCGCCAACGUCAUCGUCACUUGUCAAUGCACUUGCAUCGAUGCAGAGUCUGAUGUUCCACGUGACAUAAAGCGGGACGUUCAUGCGGAGUGGGACUCCGCAACAAAAUCACCACAGAGCAUCGUCCCAUGUUUUUUUUUCUUUUCUUUUUUUCUUAAUACAGCGCUGCUAUUCAAGGUUCCGCUCUGCUUCUCGGCAAUAUCUAACACGGAGAGCCUCCUGAAGGCAGUGGACGACGACAGAAAGCAGUUGAAAUGCAUCAACGGCCUCCGCUUCUUCUCUGCGGCCUGGGUUAUCCUCGGUCACACAUACAGCGUCUUAGAUCCCCACAUUCUGGGAAGAGCGCUCGGGAUAUUUGAAAUGACCCACCAACUGUUAUUCUGCAUAAUUGCUAACGCUUAUCCUAGUGUGGAAACCUUCUUCGUCAUAAGCGGGUUCCUGCUCGUAUACCAGCUCUAUCCAAAGUUCAAGGACACCAAGAAGAAAAUUCGCUUGCUGCUGGUUGCUGAAAUAAGACGUUACGUAAGGAUAACGACGCCAAUGAUGUUACUUCUCGGCCUCAUAUUCUUGUACCCCCUGGUGGUCCACGGGCCUGCAGCCGACGAAUGGCUCCCCAUUAAAAUUGGAAACUGUUAUCGCAACUGGAUGGCAAUGCCUCUGCACUACAACAACUGGCUCACCCAUGCCGACAUUUGCUCCGGUCACCUGUGGUACCUGGCAUGCGACAUGCAGAUCUUUACUGUGGUACUUGUGCUCUGCAUGAUAUUGGCGCAGAGUCCGCGGGCGGGGACGUGCAUCAUGGUCCUCGUCGCACUCCUCUGCAAUGGUGCUAUCGCAUACCUCACAUACGUCAUGCAGAUUGGACCAUCUCGUGUCAGCUCUGGUGGUGACGUCAACAAGAUGAUGAAGGCCCUGGACUUGAUCCAUCAGAGGCCGUUCCCGCACGUGGCGUCUUAUAUCAUGGGAGCACUCACUGGAUUCGCCAUCUUGAAACGUGGCCAGGCACAGAUAUCGAAAGUAACAUGCGUGGUCUUGUGGCUCUCUGCAACGGUCUGCUGCCUUUACGGUGUGUUCGGUGCUUUCAAAUGGCAGAUGGGAAAUCCACCCGUUGGAGCCGAUGUGAUCUUCUAUAACGGUAUCCACAGAAGUGCAUUUGCCUUCGGAAUAUGCUGGGUUAUCUACGCAUGUAUUACCGGACACGCCCGACUCGUGAACCGUCUGCUUUCAUGGAACGCUUUGCUCCUGUUGGGCCGUCUCACCUUUUCCGUCUACCUCGUUCACUUUUUCGUCAUUGUGACAUCAGUAGCCAUGACACGGGAACGCAUCUACAUUUCCCACUGGUUCCUGGUGAGAAGCUUUUUCGGCAACAUGGUGCUAAGUUACAUCUUCGGCUACCUCUUCUACCUCACCUGCGAAAAGCCGUUCGUAAACCUCGAGAAUAUCGUAUUCGGCCGCAGAGACGCGAAUAAAGCGCACAUCACCAAGACCGCUGGGUGACCCAUAAGAAGUGACGAUCAGCUAUAGAGUGCGUAGUAAUGCGCUGUUUAUAG